AUGGCAGCCGUAGACACCCUCGGCGGAGCCGGCCGAGAAGCGGGCGGGCGGGCCAAAGGGGAGCGCGCGAGAGAGAGCGGAGUGUCUGUUUCUACGACGGAGACAAUGUCGACGGCCUCGCCGUCGUACUCUUCCCUCUCGUCGGCUUCGUCUCACGAGGCGUCUUCUUCCUCCGAUCCGUCGUCUCCUUCCACACCUUCUCUGCAACUGGCGGCGCCUGCCGCGGUGUCUCCGCCUUCUCCGGCGUCAGCAAGGAGUCGUAGUGGCCGAGCGCCUCACCAAACAUCCGCUGCUCUCUGCGCGGAAGGCGUCUCGUUCUUCGCGCUCUUUCUUUCGCCAUCCUUUUCCGCCACAGAUCUGCUGUGCCUGCUUCUCCGGUUUCUCUCUCUCCACGACAUCCUCGACCGUCUCCUGCCUGCGGCACGAGUCUUCCCUCUGGCCGUGGCCUUUCGGGCGGUUCACCGCCGCAGGCCUCCGGAGCGCCUUCGCCCUGUCCCUGUGGACUGGGCAUUGCCACUCCGUGAAGGGGACUCGCACGCGCCUCCGCCUCGGCUGUCUGCCGCGACGCCUGCGUCUCCCCCGGACACUCCAAGUGUAACCUUCUACACCCCACCUAGCAGCCGACGCGCAAAUCUCUACCGCCUGACGCUGACUCCUCAGCACCUCUCGCUCCUCCACCGGCCGUCUCUUCCGCUGCUUCUCUCUCGCUACGGCGGACUGAGGCAAGACGCGCGCUCGGCCGAGAGCCCAAGCCUUCAGGAAGGGGCGACAGAAACGGAGACACUUGGAGGCGGACAUUUGACGCCCUCCAUCUGCUUCGCUCAGCCCGAUGCGGCCUCUGCAGAAACCCCACACACCUCCGCCGGUUUGGCUGCGGGUCUCGAGGCGCGGGGAUGGGAGAUUGACUUGGCGUGCUUCUCUCUCCAGCACUGGAAAUUUCUUCGGGCGCAUGCGCCGCAGGGUGUAGGCGCGUCUCAGCCUUCGCCCCGUGUCGACGAACUCGGCAAACGCCGAAGCGAGAAAGAAGCCUCGCGAGGAGCCUCUCUUCUCAUGACUUCGCGCAGAAACGUAUCCGCGGAAGAGGCUCAAGAAGACCCAGAGCUAAAACUGCGCGUGUGCGAGGCAGCGGCCGAGGGACCAGUGCAAACGCAACGGUCGAGAACGGCGGAGAGACAAAGGCCGGAUGCCGCGGCGGGGCGGGGACGUUCGCAUGCUGGAAAAAAGGGUGAAGACAUAGGCCGAACGUCUGCUCCUGGCCUCGAGGGCGAAGGCGACAGCAUCCCCCGAGGGGGAGAGGAAAGGCGCACGGAGUUUCUUCCUCUCCUUGCGGCCGCGGGUGAGCUCUCGGCACUCCGCAUUUCCGCGUCAGAAAUCAAUCUGCAUGCAGUGAAAGUCGUGCGAGACACAGUUGGACUCGCUGUGGAAGCCCUCGAGCAAGUCGGCGGGCGCAGCCCACAGAGCAGUCAGGCGGAAGGCACGAAAGAGACAUCCCUCGGAGACAGGUGUCUCUCUUCGUCUCUCACCGCGGCGCCGGCCUCUCCCCCCGGCACGGUGCAGGCUCGAGCUUCCUCGUCCCGAGCAGAGGAAGGCGAGCGUAGUCGGCCAGUCCGCGCGCCUCUUGGGCCUGUCUCUGCUGCGCCGUCCGAAGUCUUUGCGGCGUUUUCGCUCCACCUCUGUGGAGUAAGUGUUUCGGCUUUCCGUUCCCUCUGCGUGUCCGUUCUUCCUCUCCUCGGUGCCCGCCUUCGGCGGCUCUCCUUGACAAACUGUCGCCUGGAGGCCCUCGACAUGUCUUCGCUGUCCCUGGCGCUUCCGCUGCUGCCGCGCCUCGAGUCUCUCGACCUCUCCGACAACCUCCUGCGGGACGCUGGAGCCAUGCAAGUCCUUCUCUCUCUGAUCGGCGCCCAUCGUGUGUUCGCCUUCCACGCCACAGCGGUCUCGCGAGAGACGCCCGGACGAGGCACGCCGGCACCCCCGCGCGACCAGCAACUCGCUGACAGACGAGAGAGACACUUCCAGGACGAGGGACAGCCCGAGGAAGACGGAGACAGUCCAGACGACAUCCGGGAGCGACCGCGGCCUUCGUUCUCUCGGGGGCGAGUCUUGACAAGAAGACCCCUGGUGCCGCCCGAAGGUCCAGGAAAGCGAUUCGAAGAGAGAUCUGCUGCGCGUCUCGUGUCGCUUGCGUCUCCCGCGUCGUCUCCUCACUCUGCGAGUUCGCGGGCAGUGGCGGGCUGUCCAGGGGGACUCUUGUCUCUGAAUUUGAGCGGGAACGACAUCGAAGGCGUGCCGCUCUUUCGCGCGCUGCUCAAGUCAUAUGUGGGGCGACAUGCGCCGAACCUGGAAGUCCUCGACCUCUCCAACAACAAGCUCGAUGGCGAGACGGUGAUUCUGCUGCGGGCUGCAGUCGCGAGAAGAAAGGCAGACGCAGCCUACACGCGGGCGUGGGAGCCGAGGGAGGACGACGCGGGGCUGUCUGUGGACUUUUGCGAACAGGGGGAAGGCAGAGGACCGCGCGCCGCUGGCGAAGGCGAGAAAGGGGUGCACGGAUUGGAGCCCGAGACAGGAGACAGAGAAGCCAGAAGCGCGGGAGAGACGACGUCGCUCGCUGCCUCGUCUGGUGCGUUUGUCCGAGAGGGAAGCACUUGCGGGAGGUGCGACGGGAGCGCCGAGUCGGAGCGCCGAAGAGAGGCAGGCAGGGGGGAGGCAGGUGCGUUGUCUUCGUCUGGGUCGCUCUCCGUGUUAGAAAGAGAGGAGGACGCAGGGGAAGAAACGGAGCAGGCUCGGAAGGGGGGGGGAGAGAACGGCGGGUUCUUGGCCGCGAGGAAGGACACGCAUGCCAACAAACGCCGCAGAAGUGAAGAAGCGAGCCGAGAGCCGAUCUCUCGGAAGCGAAGACCCGGAAUCGAAGCGGAAUGCUGGCAAGGUUUGGUGGUGGAUCUGCGAGAGAAUUUCUGCAGGUGCGUUAACAGCAGCAGUGGCGAAACUCUGGAAUCUCACGCGCGACGCCCUGUCGGCUGUUUAGGCGUGAUCGACAACACCCUUUUCGCGCGGGAGAGGAGGCGGCGGGGACGCAGACGAAGGGAAGCAAAUCAAGGUGGAGAGACAGAGCUAAGGCUGACGAAGGCGGAGACGAAGAACUCAGGCUGGCAGUGUGGGUUUCUCCUCGACAUCUGCGAUUGCCACUUGAGAGAGAGGAGGCAGGACGAGAGGCACGACUCGCCGCCGGCGCAUGCGCCGAGAACCCUCGAGAGUUACUUCUCGUCUUGGGCUCAGAGCGAGCGCGAACAGUUCCUCCGUCUCCUCGGCUCCGACGCCAGCUUUGCCGCCGACGUCUUCGCAUCUGGUGCCGUGCAGGGCCCUGAAAAAGCGGAGGAAGCUUCGGACGAAGGCCCAGACGAGGUCGAGGCGAGAAGGCCCACAGCCGCUGGAGACGAAGCGGAGAUCCUUCCCGCCGACGGCGGGCACUCAGGCGCGUCGGCCUGCGUCCCGCGGGCUCGAGCUCCGUCGCCCCUCAGGCGCGCCGCCAGCCCCCUCCCCACAGACCGCGGCUCGCCGCUCUUUCUGUCUCUGUCGCCGAUGAGUCCGCCGGAUCAGGAGAGCGGAGAGGCCGCCGGGUUUUUCUCUGUGGAACGCCCAGGGACGGCGCGUUCGGCGGCGCGAGGAAACGAGGCCGACGCCGGCGUGGCUGCUUUCGCGUCUCCUUCUUUGCGCUUUUUCCCUCGACCCGCACGCCAGCGUGCAUGCGAAAUAGACUUGCCUCGCAGCGCCGCUGCAUGCGGCGGUCCAGGUCAGCUUUCGCAUAGUGACGAGGGGACGUUUACAGUCUUCGCGCCCCCAGAGAGCCCGGAGGGCCUUUCUGGGCGGGUGUCUCCUCGUCGAGGGCCCGGGCGCUCGCCGUCGUCGCGGUGUCGCGAGGCGCCCAAUCUUUUUUUGUCCGGGCGUGUGGGAGGAGACGAGACGACAGAUUCCCUCGACGGCGACUCAGAGACGGCCUCGCACAUUCCGUGUUUGGGACGAGAAGGCGUAGUGUCUCCUGCUGCGUCGUAUUCUGUUGGAAACGGAGACGCAUCGCCCCGCGCUGCCACGUCAGUCUCCGUCUCCGUGCCUUCGUCGCCUGUCCACUCCGACCUGUUCUCUCUCCCUUCGUCUUCCUCGUCAGCGCUGGCGCGCCCCACCCUGCUUCUAAGCACCGCUCCAGCGCCUGCGGGGAACUGGCCAGAGUCGAAAGCCUGGUGCGGAGAGAACCUCGUGGAGGGCUCCUCUGGGCGUAGGGACUCCCUUCAGACGGCGGAAGAUCGAGAAAGCUGGAUAGGAAGAUGCGACGCCAGCAGCUACGAGAGCAGCGACGAGAGCGGUUGUCUGCGAGGGUGUGAGGAAGAGGACGAAGAGGAAGAAGAAGAUGGAGACGGUCGCUGCUUUCUCUUCCGUGGACGCGCUUGCGGCCCCCCCGUGAGUGUUUUGCUCCGCAAAAGGUUGAAGCACUGUCAAAAACGCGUUUCAGAUUCGCGGCGCGAACCGUCGCUCUCGCCUCGAACUCGCCUGCGCGCACGCCUUCUUCGGCGGCUUGUCAGCGCAGACGGAGAAAACGCGGAGAGACAGCGAAGCGCGUCAGGACGAAAAAGGAAGAACGAGGAAGGAACCACGUCGCCAAAGCGAUACCGAGGCGAUGGAGGAGGCAGCGAAGACGAGGAGAAUCCAGAGCACGCAGGGGAAGCAAGCGAGGAAUCGGGAGAAAGUGAGCGAGGAGAGAAAGAAGGAACACAACCGCGCAGAAAGGAACUGGAUCCUCAGCGGGAAGCUCGUCAUCGACAGAUGCAUGCAGACCCGACACAGUGGGGAGAAGAGGGAGCACGCGAGGCAGUCGAGAGGCCGAAAAACGAAACGCGAAGCGAGUCGAGAGAAGCGAGCGGCGCGUUGCAGAGCCCGGCAGGAAAGGAGGACGAAGAUGAAUCGUACGACGAGGACGAAAGCGAAGAGGACGAAAGCGAAGAGGACGGAAGUGAAGAGGACGGAAGUGAAGAGGACGAAAGUGAAGGAACUGAUACUGAAGAAGACGUGGACGAAGACGAAGUGACAGAUUUGCUCAUGGACGCGGCAGAAGAAGUGGAAGAAUGUUUUUCCAGUGGAAGACGGAGAAGCGGGUACGGGUCAUCGGGGCGAAACUGA